UUAUUGCGUUCGGACUGGCAACCCGGAAGUGGCUGAUCAGACCUGUCAUUUGGGUUUUCUUUUUGUGUCCUUGUUUGCUCUAAUAUGACCGGUUUUCAAAUGGAGUGAAUUUUCCAAGAAGAGCCAUUAUAAUAUUACUCAGUAUGACUGUAUUGCGACCUGGAAACGCUGUAGUCUGUGUGGCCUGUCGGGUCCUGCUUUCAUCCCACAGUGGGGUGAGGUGCAGGCUGCCCUUGCAGAAGCUGCCCUCUCUGUCGCGCCCCAUCCACCACCGCUACUCUUCCAGCGGCACCCAGAGCCGCAUCCCACGCCGCUCAGCGGCUCGAAACUACAGCUCCCUGACGCGGCCCACCUACCGCUUCCCGCGGCCGCCGCCAGGGGGCCCCGGAUACCAGCAGCGCCGCUCUUUCUGGGUGGCCCGUCUGGCCGCGAGGUUCCUGAAGCUGCGCUACCUUCUUCUCGGAUCUGCCGUAGGAGGCGGGUACACGGCCAAAAAGACUUAUGAGGAAUGGAAGGAGAUGAUACCGGAUUUUAGCGAGUACAAGUGGAUGGUGCCUGAUUUCAUCUGGGAUCUUAAUGAACAUAUCGACUUAGAGAAGAUUACCAAUGCCUUGCCAGACCUAGAGGAACUGUCCAAGCUCCUUCCAGACCUGACAAAGAUGGGCGAUAACCUCUCCUUUUUCAAAAGCCUGAUCUCAAACGACACUUCUGGGGAAGCUUCGCUGAAAUCAGCGGAGGACACCGGAUCUGAAACCAGCGAUAAGCAGUACAAGAAGACCACAGAUAAGGAGAAGGUGGACCAGCUACAAGAGGAGCUCUUGCGAACUCAGUUGAAAUACCAGCGCAUGCUGGAACGCCUGGAGAAGGAGAACAAGGACCUCAGGAAGGUGGUUCUCCAGAAGGACGACAAAGGCAUCCACCAGCGUAAGGUUAAGAAGUCUCUCAUUGAGAUGUAUUCUGAAGUCCUGGACAUUCUCUCUGACUAUGACUCCAAUUAUAAUACCCAGGAUCAUCUGCCAAGGGUGGUUGUGGUGGGGGACCAGAGCUCUGGAAAGACCAGUGUCCUUGAGAUGAUCGCACAAGCCAGGAUCUUCCCCCGGGGGUCUGGAGAAAUGAUGACCAGGUCUCCAGUCAAGGUAACACUAAGCGAGGGACCUCACCAUGUGGCCAGGUUCAAAGACAGCACCCGAGAGUUUGACUUGGGAAAGGAGGAAGAUCUUGCUGCCUUACGGCGCGAGGUCGAGAUUCGAAUGCGCAAGAGUGUGAAGGAUGGACAGACGGUCAGCCCAGAGACCAUCUCCCUGAGUGUGACUGGUCCUGGCAUCCAGAGGAUGGUUCUGGUGGAUUUGCCGGGGGUCAUCAGUACUGUGACCACUGGCAUGGCAGCUGACACGAAGGAGACCAUCUUCACCAUGAGUAGGGCUUACAUGCAGAACCCCAACGCCAUCAUCCUUUGCAUUCAAGAUGGCUCCGUGGACGCCGAGCGUAGCAUUGUCACAGACCUGGUCAGUCAGAUGGACCCUCAGGGCAAGAGGACCAUCUUUGUUCUGACCAAAGUGGAUCUCGCAGAGAAGAACAUGGCUAGCCCCAACAGGAUUCAGCAGAUUGUUGAAGGGAGGCUGUUUCCCAUGAAAGCUUUGGGAUACUUUGCUGUGGUAACAGGCAAAGGCAGCACCAACGAGAACAUCGACGCCAUCAAAGAUUACGAGGAGGAGUUUUUCCAAAAUUCGAAAUUGCUCAAGAAUGGCAUGCUGAAGGCACAUCAGGUGACCACAAAGAACCUCAGUCUGGCCGUGUCCGAUUGCUUCUGGAAGAUGGUGAGCGAGUCUGUGGAACAGCAAGCAGAUGCUUUCAAAGCAUCCCGGUUCAACCUGGAGACAGAAUGGAAGAAUAAUUACCCACGUCUGCGAGAGCUGGAUCGGAAUGAGCUCUUUGAAAAGGCCAAGAACGAAAUCCUGGACGAAGUCGUCAGCUUAAGCCAAGUUACACCCAAACACUGGGAGGCGAUUCUGCAGAAGAAACUGUGGGAGCGAGUGUCCACGCAUUUCCUGGAGAACAUCUACCUCCCAGCUGCCCAGUCCAUGAACUCUGGGACCUUCAACACCACAGUUGAUAUCAAGCUGAAGCAGUGGGCUGACAAGCAGCUGCCGCAUAAGACCCUGGAGGUUGCCUGGGAGACGCUGCAGGAGGAGUUCGGCCGCUUCAUGUCGCAUCGCCAGGGCAGGGACCAGGACGACAUCUUCAACAGGCUGAAGGAGGCUGUACGGGAGGAGAGCAUUCAGAGACACCGCUGGAGCGACAGCGCAGAGGACAGCUUGAGGGUGAUCCAGCACAACGUCCUGGAGGACCGCUCCAUCACGGACAAGCAGGAGUGGGACGCGGCCGCCCGCUUUAUGGAGGAGACCCUGCGGGCACGCCUGAGCGAUACGGAGGCCGUCAUCCAAGACAUGGUCGGCCCUGACUGGAAGCAGAGGUGGCUGUACUGGAAAAGGCGAUCUCCAGAGCAGAGUAUCUGCAGCGAGACCCGCAAUGAGCUGGAAAAGCUGUUGAAACUGCGUGAGGACCACACAGCGUACCUGGCCAGUGACGAGGUCACCACAGUGCGCAAGAACCUGGAGAGCCGGGGCGUGGACGUGGAGCCCAGCCUGAUAAAGGACACUUGGCACCAGCUGUACCGGCGUCACUUCCUGCAGAGGGCGCUGCUUCACUGCAACCUGUGCAAGAGGGGCUUCUACUACUUCCAGCAGCGGUUUGAGGAUGCUGAGAUGGACUGCAAUGACGUCGUGCUAUUCUGGCGCAUCCAGAAAAUGCUGGGGAUCACGGCCAACACGCUGAGGCAACAGCUGACCAACUCGGAGGUGCGACGUCUGGAGAAGAACGUCAAGGAGGUGCUGGAGGACCUCGGCGAGGAUAGCGGGAAGAAGGUGGAGCUGAUCACGGGCCGGCGAGUGCAGCUGGCUGAGGAGCUCAAGAAAGUGAGAGAAAUUCAAGAGAAACUUGAAGCUUUCAUUCAAGCACUUCAGCAGGAGAAAUAGCUAAACCGAUGGAUCUUUACGCAAUGCCUGAUGGGAAAUCGCGGAUCAAGAGUGUUGAACCAGGGCCGCGCUGUCCUCACGAACUGCCUCAGCGCUAAUGAACGCCCAGAGUUCCGUUCCUGGUCUUGGCACUUCUUUGACAAACUGGCUUCAUUUGGGGGGGCAGGAGAUGGUGAGCUUCUGCUGAAGGAAGAUCCCCCCCACCAAUCCAUUUCAGGAGUCCAAAUCUACUGCAAUUUUAGGCCCUUAAACCAUGACACACAUGUUAUUGAUUGGACUCGGGGUUUUGCUGCCCUCGCGGCAGUCAGGACGCUGGGAAGCGCGUCAGCCUUCGUACUCUGCCCUUAGAUUUAUAUGACCUCCCUGGAGUGAGCUCUCCCCCGGCUCCUGUACGGCCCCUCGCCCGUCUGCCAGCUACGGGAGGGGGGGCUGGAUCUGGAAUCCUCAUGGUCAUAAAUCCCCAUCUGUAGGCCGGACGUGUGACGGUGGGAGGCGUGCGCCUCAUGGCUGCCAUCACUGACCCGCGGAAGACGUCCCCCAUCCUGGCGAGAUGCUUUUGCACUUUGUGAGGACGUGCGUAGACGUCCUGCUCCAUGUUUGGCAUUUGUGUCACAGUAAUCCAAUUUUAUCAUAUAUUCUUAAAAAAGAACACUGAGCUAAAGUCAUGAAUUGCACUAAUGGUAGCUCUUGAUUCAAUAGCACUUGAGGAAGUGAUGUAAUUGAUGGGAAUAAAAAUAAAUUGAACAAAACAAAUCUUCCUUUCUUAUCUUUCCACUUUGCACAUGGGUGUAACACUAACUGUGCAGAGGGUUAGGUCGUGGAUUUGACCAGGUGUUGUGCUCUUUGUGUAUCGAUGUGGCCUUGUGGAUUUGAUACCUUGUGUCCAUUUUUAGAUUGGGAGGCUCUCUUACUCCUUUGACCUGGUUAAGACUGGAAUUCUCUCCUGUACCUUCCAUCAUCCCACCUGGUACUCGCAACGAAUCGUGCUAAGUGGCUUAUAGGCACAUCAGUCUGGCUUCAGUCACAGUGCCAGGACAGUCUUCUCAUGUGCUGAAUCCCCUUCGUCGUUACAGCUGUUUCCACUACUGCCAUCUAGGGCAGCGGAGGGGAAUAGCACCAUGCAAGCCCUCAGCAUUUGAGAUGAAUAUCAAAAACCUGUCACUGUUUGGGCAGGCGUUGCACUCCUCAUUUCAGUGUUCCAUAUUUAGAUUCGUCUUUGAUUAAGUCUUGCAUGUUGCAGCAGUCGCCCUUACUUAUUCGUUGUGAUUGUGUUGCACAAUGAUAGUUAAUGGAUGUUAAUAAAGUGAUGCUUUUCUAUCAGACUA